AUGACGCCUAGAAAUUUGCCGGAGAAAAUGCCAAAGGCGCACUUUGUAGGAACGAGAUGCAUCCUAUACUUUUGGACCCAACUUAGAAGUGAUUUUGCCUUCGGUCUUGUCUGCUCCUCGGCAGAGGAGAGAGUUAUCUGCAAGGAGAAGGGAAAGAGAAACGGUGAGACUUUAGGCAUUGGUGUGGUACUGAUAGAAGGCCCUCCAAUGCUUAAGUGCAUUGGGGCAAGAGCCAUAUUUUUAGACCAUUGGGGUGGAGCACCUUGGGUUGUUAUUUUGAUGUGGGAUUGUAAUCAUCACCUGAGAGGCUGCCACGUGUCCAGAAGAGGUAGUGAUAUGGUUGGUACCUUCAUAAUCGGGAUCGGCAUGUAG